AUGAUACUAUCACGCCAGCUUCCCCGCUCCCUCACGCGGACAAGCAUCACCGCCGCCGUCACUCGCCCCCUCACCACCUCCGCCCUGCUGCAAUCCACAAAGAUCCCCACCCUCGCCAGCAUAACCCACAGCGAAGAGUCCACCACCGACUUCAAAACACGAGUGUCCGCCUUCCGCAAGCAGCUCCGCGCCAACAAGAAGAAUGCCGAGUCCCAGACGCUCGCCUCCGCCGGCGCCGCCGACGGCGACCACCACCACCACGAGAAGAGCGGCAUCGUAAAGAGCAUCCUGUAUGGGUCUGAGCAGGGGCAGAAAGAGGAGCGUGAGAUGGAGCAGAGCUAUGGAAAGGUGCUCGCGAGGGGGAAGUAUGUGCAUGCCAUCGAGUUCCACCGUGUGAAGCCGGACAAGGUGGCAGAGUACAUUGAGCUGGUGGGACAGGAGUAUCCGAAGGUUGCGGGGGAGAGAGAGAAUAGCUGCCAUUUGGUGGGCAGCUGGAAGACGGAGAUUGGGGAUUGUGAGACGUUUGUCCAUAUCUGGGAAUAUCAAGGAUACGCCGGAUACCACCAAACCCACUCCCGCCUCUCCCACUCCCCCUCCUGGGAAAAGUUCCAACGCGAGCUCCCCAAGUACCUCACCUCCCGCCGCACCGACCUCAUGCAGGAGUUCUCCUUCUGGCCCACCACGCCCCCGCGCGCCCUCGGCGGUAUCUUCGAGCUCCGCACCUACACCCUUCGGCCCGGCAACCUCCUCGAAUGGGAGACACACUGGCGGCGCGGGCUGCAGGCGCGCAAGAACGUAAUGGAGGGCGUCGGUGCUUGGUUCUGCCAGGUCGGCAGCCUCAACACGGUGCACCACUUGUGGCAGUUUGCAGAUUUGCGGGAGCGCCAGGUGGGGAGGGAGCAGAGCUGGAAUGAGAGGGGUUGGAGCGACACGGUGCAUAAGACGGUGCCGCUGAUUAGUAAGAUGGAGAGUAGAAUCUUGGUUCCGUUGCCGUGGAGUCCGGUUAGUUAG